UAUAUACACACACUUACGCACAACAACUGAAGAAAACAAAAAAAAAAAGAGAAGAAAAGAAAAACUCGACAAAGAAGGAAAAGCAAGAGGAAUUAAAGGAUCUCCAAAUUAGGCCGUGAUGGAGGAGUUGAUCAAGACGGCUAACAUCUAUUACAAAUCAUGCUCACCGGCCGUGAGAGAUGCAGCACAUAAAUUCUUCAAAGACAUCGAUCAUGACAAUGACGGGAAAGUGAGUCUCCACGAAUUCCUAGAGUUUAUGCGGCAAGAAGGCCAUGCGAAAAUGUGCAAUCGCGAUUUCUUCAAAACUCUCGACAAGAAGAGGAGUGGAACCCUAGGAUUUGCGGAAGUACUGGCUCUUUUCUACAUAAUCCAGAGUGGAAGGCCUUUUUGUCACGGGUGCGAUGUUUUCAUUGCGGGCAUGUAUUUCACUUGCUCCAAGUGCUACCAAAGUGACAACAACAACGUAAUCUUCGUUUGUCCGAAGUGUUUUGAGAAGGGAUUGUUUAUUCAUUCCCAUGAGCGUAACCAGUUCUUGGAUAACUAUGCUUUGCUGGCCCUCCAGGGGAAGCGAGGAAUUGCCAGGGCCAGGACUCAUUCGAUACGGCAGCGUCAGGUAAUUGAACAACGAAAAAUUACUUCAAACAAAUGCUCCUAUAAUUUUAGGCUACGUUACGUUGUUUUCCUUUUUGGGAAAAUUUCUUUUAUAUUCCUUCGACUUUGAUCAAAAAUUUAUUUUGAUCCUUCACCUAUCAAUUUCGGCAUAAAAAUACUUCGACUUUCCAAUUUUUUUCAAUGUCAUCAUUUAGAAGGAAUCCGUUUUCUUUGAGUCAUGCUACCGGGCCGUC